AAGACCAAUGGCAACGCCGGAAUCGGAGGGGGGCCUCCGGGGCUGGUCGCGCGGGAAGCGGCGCGCAGCCAAUAGCCGGGCGGCUUGUUGGAGGGUGCGCAGCGCAGGCCGGCGGCGUCUCCUCUCCACAGCGGCGGCUUCCAUUGUUCGGGUUCAGCGGGCGCCAUGAGGGGUGAUCGAGGCCGUGGCCGUGGCGGGCGUUUUGGCUCCAGGGGCGGCCCUGGCAGCGGGUUCAGGCCCUUUGUGCCACACAUCCCCUUUGACUUCUAUGUGUGUGAAAUGGCCUUCCCUCGUGUGAAACCUGCCCCAGACGAGACGGCAUUCAGUGAAGCCUUGCUGAAGAGAAACCAGGAUCUGGCUCCCAAUUCUGCUGAACAGGCUUCCAUUCUUUCUCUGGUGACUAAAAUAAACAAUGUGAUCGACAACCUGAUUGUAGCACCAGGAACUUUCGAAGUGCAAAUCGAAGAAGUCCGCCAAGUAGGGUCCUACAAGAAGGGCACCAUGACAACGGGGCACAACGUGGCCGAUCUGGUAGUGAUCCUGAAAAUCUUGCCCACAUUGGAAGCUGUUGCAGCCUUGGGAAACAAAGUGGUGGAAAGCCUGAGAGCACAGGAUCCUACUGAAGUCCUGACCAUGUUAACCAACGAGACUGGCUUUGAGAUUAGCUCUGCUGAUGCCACGGUGAAGAUCCUCAUUACCACUGUGCCCCCCAACCUUCGCAAGCUGGACCCAGAGCUCCACUUGGAUAUCAAAGUGCUGCAGAGCGCUCUGGCUGCCAUCCGACACGCUCGCUGGUUUGAAGAGAACGCUUCUCAGUCCACGGUGAAAGUCUUAAUCCGAUUGCUGAAGGACUUGAGAAUCCGAUUCCCUGGCUUCGAACCCCUCACUCCAUGGAUCCUCGACCUUCUGGGACACUAUGCUGUGAUGAACAACCCUACCAGGCAGCCCUUGGCUCUCAACGUCGCGUACAGGCGCUGCCUUCAGAUCCUGGCAGCUGGGCUGUUCCUCCCUGGAUCUGUUGGGAUCACCGAUCCCUGCGAGAGUGGAAACUUCAGAGUCCAUACAGUCAUGACCCUCGAACAACAGGACAUGGUGUGUUACACGGCACAGACGCUCGUCCGAAUCCUCUCGCAUGGAGGUUACAGGAAGAUUCUUGGACAAGAGGGGGAUGCCAGCUACCUGGCCUCUGAAAUGUCCACUUGGGAUGGGGUGAUAGUCACCCCUUCAGAGAAGGCUUAUGAGAAGCCUCCAGAGAAGAAGGAAGGGGAGGAGGAAGAGGAGAAUCAAGAAGAAACAGCUGCAGGAGAGGAGGAGGAGAGCAUGGAGACUCAGGAGUGACCUGCCCAGGUUGACCCUCACCUGUAAAGCAUCCUGCUGGCCAAAGCACCUGAAGAAUCUCCUCUAGGUCCUCAACCAUCUGUCCCGUUGAACGACAUGAACAGUCCUUUGUAUUUUGUCUUGGUUUUUAUAGGUUGUUAAAAUGGUUCCUCCUUUUAA